UCGGCGGGGCAGGCUCAGCAGUGUCGCUCCUCCAACCCCGCUGGUAGCAGGACACCCCACGGGAUCGCCUCCCAUGGCGGCGCUGUUGUGGGCCACGGGGCGAGCCAUGCUAGCCCCGGCAGCGUCCCUGCUCCAGGCCGAGCGAAGCAUUAGCGGUGGUGGGGCGCGUUGGGGGCCUGUGCGGCCUGGCCUCCCCGUUCCCCUUUCCUCGCCCCUGGCAGGGCUCACUCGGGCCUUCCGCAUCAAGGAGCCCCCGAAGCCUAAGCAGGUGGAUCGGUGGACAGAAAAACGGGCCUUGUUCGGGGUCUACGAUAACAUAGGGAUACUGGGCGGUUUCCAGAUCCACCCGAAGAACCUGAUUGUGGGUCCCAAGUGGCUGCGAGGCUGGCGGGGGAAUGAGCUGCAGAGGUGUAUCCGCAAGAAACAGAUGGUGGGAGAGCGGAUGUUUGCAGAGGACUACCACAACCUCAACAAGAGGAUCCGGUACCUGUACAAGCGCUUCAAUCGCACCGGCAAGCACCGCUAAGGAGCGACUCUGUGCUAGGCAUGUAGAACGUGGGUUCAGGGCAUCAUACUCAAAAUAAAGCCAGCUUUCACACAGCUGGG